AUGUAAUCAAUCAAUCAAUCAAACAAUAUAUUAAUAUCAACAAGUCGUAUGUACAUUUAUGAUAAAAAUAGGAUUGGCUGGUUGGACGAAAGCUUUGUCAAAAUUUCACCAUCAAUAAAUACCAUUUAUACAUGCAAAAUCUAUUCUUCCGAUCAUUCUUCCCACGAAUUCUGCAUUCGUUCCAUUGUUAGCAUUCUGGAGAAACGACAAUUCUGUUUGGAACCUCGGAAAGUUCGAGACCAGAAAAAGAAAUCAUUUUCUAUUUGGCUUGUGGCUUUGAUCUGUGUGUUAUAUUUCCUCUGCUUCUGGUUCUUGUUUGCCAACUCAAUGGAAAUCAGUAGACUCUCCGCUGCCACCUUCCGCAUCAUUCUUACUUCUCUCAUCGUCACCAUGAUUUCCGGCGGCAGCGAACUGUUGGUUUUUGCAGCGCCGCCGCUGCCACCAGCCGUGCAAAACCAACUGGUUUUUGCAGACCAAAGACUGGCCGUUGUGUACCCAGUAAUCCAAAACUUCAAAAACAUUAUCACAUCGGAUCCACUGGGCAUCACCAAAACCUGGGUAGGAUCCGAUAUAUGCAGCUACAGAGGGUUUUACUGCGACAAUCCGCCUGACAACAGCACAGCCAUUGCUCUGGCUUCGGUCGACUUCAAUGGCUUCCAGCUCGCCGCCCCUUCUCUCGACGGCUUCCUCGACCAGCUCCCGGACAUAGCCCUCUUCCACGCCAACUCCAACUUCUUCACCGGCGCUAUCUCCCCUAAAAUCGCCGAUUUACCGUAUCUCUACGAGCUUGAUUUAAGUAACAACAAGUUCACCGGGCCCUUUCCAAGCGCCAUUCUCGCCAUGAACGGCUUGUCUUUCUUGGACAUAAGGUUCAAUCUCUUCACCGGCUCGAUUCCGCCUCAAUUGUUCACCAAAUUGGACCUCGACGCCCUCUUCCUUAACAACAACGAUUUCAUGUCAAGCCUGCCGGACAAUUUGGACAACACCCAUUUAAUCUAUCUCACUUUGGCCAACAACAAAUUCAUCGGCCCAAUCCCACGAACCAUUUACAAGGCCUUCUCGUCGGUAUCCGAGGUUUUGCUGUUAAACAACAUGCUGAGCGGCUGUCUCCCGUACGAGCUGGGUUUGCUCAAGCAGGCCAUCGUGUUCGACGCCGGCGACAACAUGUUGACAGGGCCGUUGCCGUUCUCCUUGGGCUGCCUGGAGAAUGUGGAGGUGCUGAACUUCGCCGGGAACUUGCUGUACGGAGGGGUGCCGGAGGUAGUCUGCUUGCUCGGGAACUUGGCGAACUUGUCGCUGGCCGAUAAUUACUUCAUCCACGUCGGGCCGAUCUGCCGGAGCUUGAUUAGAAAAGGGGUGCUCGAUGUGAGGGGAAACUGCAUUGCCGGGCUGCCGUCGCAACGGCCGGUUGCCGAGUGUGCGGCUUUCUUUGCGCAUACGAGGUACUGUCCGUACACCACUCGUAUUCCUUGCUGGCUUCCCCGUUUGGGCUCUCCGCCAUUAACGAUGCCUGCUCCAUCGCCUUCUUAACCUGCUCGAUCAUCAUGAGCAUAUUGGAUUGGAAUUAUCAUCUUCUGUAUAAGUUUUUAAGUACUCGUUGAAUAUGUAUGCAAUUCCGUUAAUGGAACUUCUAUUCACUGGUUUGUGACGAA